UUUUCAUGAAAAUUAGCAUGAAUCUGGAGGCGUGCUGCUUUAAACUGAGGUGAAGGUUAUGAAAAACGGCACGUAAUGUUUAUUUACGGUUAAAAAAAUUUAUCGACAGUUUUUAAGAAAGGAGAAGUUUAAAUUGCUAGUGUGUUUAUAUAAUGCUGUUUAAUUGGAAAAUAUAGGAAAUAAGGAUUGUAACCGCCGAAACAAAAACGGUCAUGUUUGAUUAUAUUGUGCAGUGUUACAGCCGAAUCUAAGGCGAUCCGAAUCACAUUAUUUAAUUUCUUUUUAUUCAUCAAUAAAAACCAAAUGUUACAUUCCUAAUGUUUCCAUGGACAAAAGAAUCAGUUGAUAUACAUAUUUUAACCGAGCUUUGCUGACAUGGAACGUUCAUUACAAUGGAAUGGAAAUGUACUUAAAUAUAAACGCCAAAUAUUUAUUAUAUAACUUAUUGCACUUAUGAAAAGAACACUUGACGGAGGAGAUAUGUAUUUUUUCCCAGAUUUUUCUGAGUUAGCAACCUGUAGUACGGGGCUAAUAAAACAAGUGCAACAUUCUUUUUUUAACAAAUAAAAACAAUAUUUGUAAGCAUAACUUAAAUUGACUCGCUAUCGCCAUGGCUUUUCAUCGUUCGGGAAACGAAUUUCCACAUCAGGUUUCCUCUGACCAAGCGAGUAAAGGCAGGAGUAAAAUUGCCUUUUCAAACGGUGCCUCGUUUCCGACUCCUAGAACCGAAUAUUCCAUGAACUCUGAUACUGAUUUUGUCAGAGAUAGAUUUUUAAACACGUCUGAAAGAGACCCAGCUAGGUUACCAUCUCCACAUUAUGGUGUGACUGGAGCUACCGUAAGACUUACGCACCAAGCCAGACAUCCUAUGUUUGCUGAGUACGGUGAAAUACUAAGAUCAUUUGCUAGAUGGACUCGUUCAAAUCCUGACCCAGUUUCUCUUUGCGACGCAGGAUUCUUCUUUACAAACAAUUGGGAUCUUGUGCGAUGUUUCAGUUGUGGCAUAGGCUUAAAAGACUUUACAUAUGGCGACGAUCCUUUGCGGGAACAUGUCAGACAUUCAGGAAAUUGCCUGUACCUCCUUGACCAUCUUGGAACAGCAACAUUAGCUUUCAUAGAGGCUAGCUGCCAGGAAGAACAAAGAACCCACAGGAGUAAGUAAUAUCUGUUUAAGUUGUUUUGUUUUGUUGUUAUUUAAGUCAGACCGACAUUGUAGUCAUUUGGCGACUUUCUAGCUGUACUGGUGAAGGAAUACCUCGGAUGCCCACUUCUUGCAUUAUUUCAGGCGCGAGCAGGCACCUCGGUAGAACUACCAACGUUCCGUAAGCUAGCUGGAUAGCUUGCUAAGAUGAAAGAAUCUAAAGCUC